UGUGGGCGGCCGGGCCCGGCAGGGGCUGCGCCCGCCGUCCGCUCCUCGGCUGAGGCGCCGCGCGGACCCAGGCCUCGGCCUGCGGGGCCCGGGCUCAGCAUGCCCGGCGUGAAGCUGACCACCCAGGCCUACUGCAAGAUGCUGCUGCACGGCGCCAAGUACCCGCACUGCGCCGUCAACGGGCUGCUGGUGGCCGAGAAGCAGAAGCCGCGCAAGGAGCACCUGCCUCCGGGCGGCGCGGGCGCCCACCACACCCUCUUCGUGGACUGCAUCCCCCUGUUCCACGGCACGCUGGCCCUCGCCCCGAUGCUGGAGGUGGCCCUCACCCUGAUUGAUUCGUGGUGCAAAGACAAUAGCUAUGUGAUCGCGGGUUACUAUCAAGCUAAUGAGCGAGUCAAAGAUGCCAGUCCGAACCAGGUCGCGGAGAAGGUGGCCUCCAGGAUCGCAGAGGGCUUCAGCGACACAGCUCUCAUCAUGGUGGACAACACCAAGUUUACCAUGGACUGUGUAGCACCCACCAUCCACGUGUACGAGCACCAUGAAAGCCGAUGGCGCUGCAGAGACCCCCACCAUGACUACUGUGAAGACUGGCCGGAGGCGCAGAGGAUCUCGGCGUCGCUGCUGGACAGCCGCUCCUACGAAACGCUCGUGGACUUCGACAACCACCUGGAUGACAUCCGGAACGACUGGACGAACCCGGAGAUCAACAAAGCCGUGCUGCACCUGUGCUAGGCAGGCCAGCGCCAGGACUGCCGGGCGCUCGCCGGGCGCAGCAGGAACGUCCCCGAGCCUGCCGGGCGCAGCAGGAAGCCUGUUUGUGUGCGUAAACAGAGGCUCUGGUUGCUGGGAGGAGAGCUGUGCUUCUUAGGAGCAGCAUGUGCCUCGAGAUGGCAUGUGCCCAUCAGUCAUCUUUUUAAUGAGAACCUAGAGGAUUGCCUGACAUCCGGUCUGACCAUCCCUAGUCAGAUGUUGCUAUAAUCCUCCACGUGAAAGCUCUUUCUGCUUGCCCAACACUCUUCCUAUUAAACAGUUUUAACUAACCUUUUAUAAUCUGGAGAGAAUACUUUUUAAUGCUUAUGAACUACCUUUUGAAAAAAAGCCACAUCUUAUACUCCAA